CGGCCCUACUGCCACUUCCGGCACCGCGGGGCCCGGGGCCCCGGCGCUCUUGGCGGCGGCGGAGCGGCGCCCCCCGUAGCAGAUGGCCAGUUAGUUUCCUAAAGGAUCAUUUUUGGGAACCUAUUUGGUGACGUAGUUCUGUCUGCCCUGCUUGCCGUGGAAAAAAUGCAACUGCCUACCCCUUUCCCCACUUCCCCUGCUCCAGAUUUUGACAAGCCCUGUUUCCUUUCGGCUGGAAGAGGCUGCAGCAGUCCAGAUGUGCAUGGCCCAAGCAGAGGUGCUCUGGCGAGGGUGGGCUGGGCCAGAUGAGCAAACUGAGGCCCAGAGAUGGGGAGCCACUCUCCUGUGUGCGCACAGCCGGGCUUGGUUAUGAUCCGUACAACCCCGAGCUGCCCAAGCCCCCUGUGCAGAGGGAGAAUGGAGCCCUGGGCAGAGGGGAUGAGCCCCGCUCAGACAUCCUGGAGCUGGAGCUGGUCAAUCAGGCCAUUGAGGCUGUGCGCUCGGAGGUGGAACUCGAGCAGCGGCGGUACCAAGAGCUCCUGGAGACGGCCCGAGAGCACAGCUCUGCGGAGGCCCCCGCCGUGGCGCCCCGAGGCCCCGCCGCUUGCCCUGCCGCUGGCCUGGACGAAGACGCCUUUCCACUGUCCUUCGAUUACAACCCUGGUGGCCGUCCUGGCCUUUUAAGCCCUGAUGCCAGCUACCAGCCCACUCCUCUGGCCACCGCCGCCGAGGCAGGCAGCAAGUACUCGCUGGCCUCUCUGGAUCGGGCGCAGGGCCAUGGCGGAGGGGGUGGCAGCACCCUGGAGUACGUCCCCAAGGCUGUGAGCCAGCCCCAGCGAUACGGCCGCCCCGUCCCCAGCAGCAAGUACGUGUUGGACGACUCCAAGCCAUCCACGGACCUGGAGUACGACCCACUGUCCAACUUCUCCGCCCGGCUGCUCAGCAGGGCCAGUUCCAAGGACGACAGGGCCCCCAAGAGGCCCAGGGGCUCCCGGGGUAGCGAACCCUACACGCCCGCCCUCAAGAAGCCCUGCGACCCCUUUGCUGGCUGCGACGCCAGGUUCUCAGACUCGGAUGAUGAUGCCGCCGCAGCUCUGCCUGACGUGCCCGUCACCACCAGUCCCCCGAGAUCCCAGGCGGGCCCCGAGAGCAAGGCCCCCGGGCAGCCAGCCUCCAGAGAGAGCCAGGAUGCUGAGGAGGGCGGCCUGCGGGAGACCAAGGAGAUGGCGGUGCAGUAUGACGUGGGGGACCUCGGGCAGUCCCCCAAGGCUCCCGGUGGGACACCCGUGGCCAAGCCCAGCUCCCCGGCCAGGGCCUCCCGGGAGCCCAGCAGCUCCAAGCAGGGAAGACCCAAGAAGAAGAAAAGUGGGGCACUGCCUGCCCCCGGCCCCAAGGACAGCAUCCAGAGGAAGGACAGGGGCAAAGACGGAGAGCACGGGAGGCCGGCCGGGAAGCCCUGUGCAGACCGGAGGGGCCCGCAGGCUGGCAGCCCCCGGCAUAAGGCCGAGCAGCCCGAAGGGACCAAGAAAAAGCCAUCUUCGGCCACCCCGGUGGCCAGCUCAGGGAAAAGCCGGCCUGACCGCGGGAGUGUCCACCAGCUGCCAAACAGGCCCGGCGGGAAGACCGUGUCGGGGAAGCUGGCCGAGCGGAAGGCCCGCUCGCUGGACGAGGGUGCCUCCCGGGAUGCCCCCAAGCUGCAGAAGCGGGCCCUGAGCCACGCAGACCUCUUCGGGGACGAGAGCGAGGACGAAGGCCCGGGUCCCGCGGCGCCCCCUGCCGCCCCGCCCCACCUCAGCUCCACCUCGGACUCCGACUCGGACUCGGACAGCAGUCUGGGCUACUCAGCCGCUCAGGGGCCGCGCAAGCGCCUCAAGGCCCCCCUGCCCGCCCGGCCUGCCCCCGCCUCCCCCUCCUCAUGCUCCUCCUCCUCCUCCUCCUCCUCCUCCUCCUCCUCCUCCUCCUCCUCCUCGUCUGGGGUGGGCGGGGGUGUGGACUACGCUGCUCUGGAGAAGGAGGUCGACUUUGACUCCGACCCCAUGGAAGAGUGUCUGCGCAUCUUCAACGAGUCCACCAGCGUCAAGACGGAGGACAGGGGCCGGCUGGCCCGGCAGCCCCCCAAGGAAGAGAAAAUCGAAGACAAGGGGCAUUCGGGUCUGACCACUCUGUUCCCUGGGCAGAAGAGGAGAAUUUCUCAUCUCUCCAAGCAAGGCAAGGAGGCAGAGCCCGUGAGGAGAGGCCCGGCUCCCCCUGCCCGGCCUCCCACCGCCCAGGAGGUAUGCUAUCGGCGGGCCCAGCAGGCCCAGAGGGACUCUGCUCCCUGGCUCCAGGCUACCCAGCCGCCCGCUGAGAAGCCCUCCUCCAUCCAUAUCUCAGCCCCUGGCGAGAAGAGGAGGAUCGCCCACGUUCCCAACCCCCGUCUGGCUGCCGCCCCCACAGGUGCCAAGAGGGCCCUCGCCGCCAGCAGCAGCCAGCCUCCCAAUGGCCCCGAGCCGGGCAGCCAGCCCCUGAAGGCGCGCACGUUGUCGGGCAUGGCGUCCAAGACCACCACCACCGUCACCCCCAAGCGCGUUGCCCACAGCCCAUCUUUACAGAGUUUAAAGAAGCCCGUUAUCCCCAAAGAGUUUGGGGGCAAAGUCCCCACAGUCAUCCGCCAGCGGUAUCUGAACCUGUUCAUUGAGGAGUGUCUCAAGUUCUGCUCUUCAAACCAGGAAGCCAUAGAGAAGGCGCUGAGCGAGGAGAAGGUGGCCUACGACCGCAGCCCCAGCAAGAACAUCUACUUGAAUGUCGCCGUGAACACCCUCAAGAAGCUGCGGGGCCUGGUCCCCAGCUCCGCGCCCGGUCUCAACAAAUCCGGUGGCCGGAGGGUCGUGUCUCAUGAGAUGGUGCUGGGCGGCAAGUUGGCCACCAAGACCAGCUUCUCGCUCAGCCGCCCGAGCAGCCCCCGGGUGGAGGAUCUGAAAGGGGUUGCCCUGUAUGGUCGCCUCAAGGAGUACCUGCUCACUGAGGACCAGCUCAAAGAGAACGGCUACCCCUUCCCGCACCCCGAGCGGCCGGGGGGCGCCGUCAUCUUCACGGCUGAGGAGAAGAAGCCCAAGGACUCGUCCUGCAGAAUCUGCUGCCGGUGCGGCGCCGAGUACCUCGUGUCCCCGUCGGGCCGCUGUGUGCGGGAGGAGGAGUGCUGCUACCACUGGGGGCGGCUCCGCCGGAACCGAGUGGCUGGCGGCUGGGAGACUCAGUACACGUGCUGCUCGGCCGCCAUUGGCUCCACCGGCUGCCAGGUCGCCAAGCAACACGUGCAGGAUGGCCGGAAGGAAAACCUCGAAGGCUUCGUGAAGACUUUCGAUAAAGAACUUUCGGAAGAUGCUCACCCAGGGAUCUUCGCCCUCGACUGUGAAAUGUCCUACACCACGUACGGCCUGGAGCUGACGCGCGUCACGGUGGUGGACACGGACAUGCAGGUGGUUUACGACACCUUCGUCAAGCCAGACAACGAGAUCGUUGACUACAACACCAGGUUUUCAGGGGUGACCGAGGCUGACCUCGCCGACACGAGCAUCUCGCUCCGGGACGUCCAGGCCGUCCUGCUGAGCAUGUUCAGCGCCGACACCGUCCUCAUCGGACACAGCCUGGAGAGCGACCUGCUGGCCUUGAAGGUCAUCCACAGCACCGUGGUGGACACCUCCGUGCUCUUCCCACACCGCCUGGGCCUCCCCUACAAGCGCUCCCUGCGGAACCUCAUGGCUGACUACCUCAGACAGAUCAUCCAGGACAACGUGGAUGGGCACAGCUCCAGCGAGGACGCCAGCGCCUGCAUGCACCUGGUGAUCUGGAAGAUCCGAGAAGACGCCAAGACCAAGCGGUGACCGCUGCCGCCUGCCCGCCUUCCCCACAGCCCCCGGCCCGGCCUCUACCCCAGGCCUCUUCCAAAACAGUGCAAUAAAUCUCGAGAGCUAACCCUGUCCACGUCGCCAAGACACGGAAACAGAGAGAGCGGGACGAGCCGGCGGCACGAGAGCCCCACGCCGAGACCACCUGGAGCCCUGCCCCCCACCUGGUCCCUUGCGCCGCCCCCGCCUUCUGUCCUCUGGAGACUGCUGCUGACUCCCGGAGGAGGCCGGGACAGACCCCCCCCCGCCCCGGCCUCCCCCUCCCCCGCCCGUGGACCCCGCUGCGUCCCUGGCAGCCAGACCUCCUGCUCCUCCUCCUGCCGGGCAGGCUUUUCGUGGGUGUGUUUGAGACAGGGGUUUUUUUUAUUUUGUAUUGUUAUUUUUAUUAUUUGUAAUUUAAACUUGACGACUCGCACAGUUGUCAUUUCCCCACCCGGAGAAGCAAGACCCUGGUGCUGCCUUUCCUGUUGGGGGUGGGGGAGGGGGAGAAGUUGGGGGCCGGGAGCCGACAAGCUGUACCCUUGGCAGCCACCAGGACCGAGAGUCCAGCCUGGCCUGGGCCAGACGGGUGGGAACUGGCCUCCCCAAACCCACCUGGACUCCGUGACCUCUGGGAACCAAGCCAGCCCCCCAGGGCCUCGCCUUCUGGACCCCUCCGGGGCCCAUCAGCCUCUGGACCCUGUCUUCCUGCCAGGGCCCCACCCUCCCCAGGGGCUGUCUGUAAAGGCCUGCAGCCUCCCUAGGGCUCUGAGCCCCUCUCCCCUAACCCGAGGCAGGGACGGAAUAAAUGUUUGUAUGGAUUUUA